AUGACGCUUGCAUCCCCAGAGCUCCAGGCCGCCGUGGAGGAGGUGCUGCCAGCCCUGAAACGUGACGGCAUCCGCGUCUUCUACCUGAGCUCCACCUCGCCCACGCCGGGCGUCGAGGCCCUGCUGCCCCUCAUCGAGGCGGCUUCCGAUGAGCCCCCACCCGCCCACCACCGCGCCGGCAUCACCGCCGACUCCAAGGCCAUCUACAUUUACACCUCCGGCACCACCGGGCUGCCCAAGGCAGCGGUGAUCACAGAGCUGAAGCUGAUGAUGGUUGCCAACCUGGGUCGGCUCUGUGGCCUACAGCCUGAUGAUGUUGUCUACACCACCUUACCGCUCUACCACUCAGCCGGGCUGCUCAUCGGGGUGGGCGGGUGCUUCGAGGUCGGUUCCACCAAGCCCAAAUCCACCCCGGGGUGGGAGACAACGCCACUGGGCGCAUGCACGCCCGCCCGCCCCAACGGUCCCUCCCUUCGUCACCCUCCACAGCGCGCCGGUGAGCGGGAGCACGGGGUGCGCAUGGCCUUGGGCAACGGCCUACGGGCGGAGGUGUGGAAGGAGUUUCUCCAGCGCUUCGGACCCAUCUCCAUCUGGGAGUUUUAUGGAGCCACCGAGGGCAACGCCGGCUUCAUCAACUACACCGGGAAGGUUGGGGCCGUGGGCAGAGCCAACGUAUUCCUCAAGAGUUUCGCUCCCUUCGAGCUGAUCAAGUACAACGUGGAGGAGGACGAACCCGUACGUGACGAGCAAGGGCUUUGCAUCCGAGCCCGCCCUGGUGAGACAGGGUUGCUGGUCAUUAAAAUCACCAAGAACACCCCUUUCCACGGUUACGCCGGCGAUUCCCAGAAAACGGAGAGGAAAGUCUUGAGGAAUGUCUUGGUCAAAGGCGACGUCUUCUUCAACAGCGGUGACCUCCUCCUGAUUGACCGCGAAAGAUUCGUCUAUUUCCAGGAUCGUGUGGGAGAUACUUUCCGCUGGAAAGGUGAGAACGUGGCCACGACUGAGGUGGAGGCCACUCUUGCCAUGGUGAACUUCAUCCAGGAGGUCAACGUCUACGGGGUGUCCGUGCCGGGCUGCGAGGGGAGGUGCGGCAUGGCGGCCAUUCGCCUGAAGGCCGGGGCGACCUUCCAGGGCGAGACCCUCUACACCUUCACCAGGGACAUGUUGCCCGCCUACGCCGCCCCCCGCUUCGUGCGCAUCCAGGCCGGGGCGACCUUCCAGGGCGAGACCCUCUACACCUUCACCAGGGACAUGUUGCCCGCCUACGCCGCCCCCCGCUUCGUGCGCAUCCAG